GGCUUCAAUUGCAGUAAUUAUUAGGUUGCAUUAUUUCAGAUAAUGCAACUAAAGCCUAACCUCCAUGACACCUUUAAACUGAAAAAUAACGCUGACACUGUCGAAUUUGCACCUAGAUCAAUUCAGUCUGCGCCCGAACUCGCAGUUUGUGGUUGUUACGAAUUCGAUUCAUUGACAAAUAAACGAAUUGGAGGAGUUUCGCUUUUUCAGAUUGAUGACAACCGUUUUGUUAAUAUUCCCAAAGUUGAUAAUAAUUGUGCUGUCUUGAACAGUAGCGCAGAUUUUGGAGUUUUGGAUAUUAAAUGGUGUAACAGUGAAAAAUUCAUUUGCGCUUGUAGUGAUAGUUGUCUUCGAGUUUACGAAACAAGUGAAGUUAACGAAUCGAUUUCUGGUACCAUUAAUUUGACUUACAGAGAGACAAGCUCCUUGAUUGUCAGUGAAUCUAUUGAAAUUAUUUUGUCGCUGGAUUUCAGUGAUGGCAAAAUAAUUUCAUCGACUGAUAAAGGUCAAUUGUAUUUAACGGAUAUUGAGUCAGGGUUAAGUGAAGUGAGUGGAAAGCACGAGAGUGAGAUUUGGACCUGCGUCUUUUCACAACAUGAUUCGCGUAUUGUUUUCUCCGGUGCUGACGAUUGUUUUUUGAACGCUUGGGAUACGAGAACACACAAAAAACUUGCGAAGUUUCCACAUACUGCUGGUGUUUGUUGCGUGCAGACCGAUAAACGAUUAGAAAACUAUGUAUUGACUGGUUGUUAUGACGACAAAAUACACGUUUUUGACAUGCGAUUUCUCCCAGACUUAAACCAAUCCUUGUUACAUAAUACAAACUGUGAAUGGAGAACAUUGAAAACUUUAGAGAUUAAGGGUGGACCAUGGCGGAUAAAAUUUAACCCUGAAGAUCCGCAAUUAGUAGGCGUUGCCGCAAUGUAUGAAGGCUAUAAGUUGAUAGAAAAUCUAUCCGAAGUUGGUGAAAAAUUUAGCAAUCCAGAAGAAACUGAGUUACUGGGAUAUGGUUUUGAUUGGUCACGAAAAGACCCAAAUAAAUUCAUGACUUGCAGUUUUUAUGAUAAAAUUGUGUCAUUAUGGGAAAUUCAAGCAUCUUAGAUAA